AUGACUCGACUUCCAUCAUUACAACAAGCUUGCUUUCGUCUUCCACCAUCAUGUCCACAAUUCAUUGAUCUUACAUCAUCAUUAUCAACUCGUUCAAUACAAGAACAAAUAUUUAUAACACCUAACAUACGAGCAGAUGCAAAUCCAUAUGAACAAAAAUUAAUUAAUCGUUUUGCUCGACAUAAUUUUUAUUUAAAUGAAUGUGGUGAACAUUUAUUUCUACAAACAUUAUAUACAUUUCUUAAAUAUAUUAUUCGACGUCUACUUUUUUUUACUCAACAUCGAAUUGAUACACGAUUAUUAGAUUCAACUAUAUAUGAAAUGACAAGUAAUGUACGUGAACAAAUACGUUUUUUAUUUGAAUUAAAUAAAGUACAAAAUGGUGAAUUAAAUAAUAAUCUUAAUAAUAGUAUAUUUCAACGAAAAUUCGAAUCAAUUAAUAUAAUUGAUGAAGAACAAAAACGAACACGAAUACGCGAUUAUCGUUCAUCAAUUAUUGAACAAUUACGGCAAAAAGAAGCUGAUGAAACAGCAUGUCUUGUUUUACGUGAAAGUCGUUUAAAACGACAAAAAUUAUCAAAUAAUAAUCGAAACAUAAUGCCAACAAGAAUUCUUCGAGUUAGUUUACAAGAAUUUAUUGCUGUUAUGGAAAGUGAACCGAUAUUAAAACGAUCAAAAACAUUAUUAUAUGCUUAUGCAAAUAGAUAA